AUGCAGAAGGGAACGUUCGCCGUCAAGGUCGGCCUCGCGCAGAUGCUCAAGGGCGGGGUCAUCAUGGACGUCGUCAACGUGGAGCAAGCGCGCAUCGCGGAGGAAGCGGGCGCCGUCGCCGUCAUGGCGCUCGAGCGCGUCCCCGCGGACAUCCGCAAGGACGGCGGCGUCGCGCGCAUGUCCGACCCGACGAUGAUCAAGGCGAUCAAGGAGGCAGUCACCAUCCCGGUCAUGGCGAAGGCGCGCAUCGGACACUUCGUCGAGGCGCAGGCGCCCGUCGGCAUCGACUACAUCGACGAGAGCGAGGUGCUCACGCCCGCGGAUGAGAUCAACCACAUCAACAAGCAUAACUUCAAGGUGCCCGUGCUGUGCGGCUGCCGCGACCUCGGCGAGGCUUUGCGCCGCGUCGCGGAGGGGUGCAGCAUGAUCCGCACGAAGGGCGCGUCCCGCGAGGCUGGCACCGGGAACGUCGUCGAGGCGGUGCGCCACUGCCGCGCCGUCAUGGGCGACAUUCGACGCCUUCAGGCCAUGUCCGAGGAUGAGAUCUUCGUGUACGCGAAGGAGAUCCGCGCGCCGCUCGAGCUCGUGCGCCAGACGAAGACGCUCGGGCGCCUCCCCGUCGUGAACUUCGCCGCGGGGGGCGUCGCGACGCCCGCGGACGCCGCGCUCAUGAUGCAGCUGGGCAUGGACGGCGUCUUCGUCGGAUCCGGCAUCUUCAAAUCCGGCGAGCCGGCGAAGCGCGCGCGCGCCAUCGUGCAGGCGGUGACGCACUACAACGACCCGAAGAUCCUCGCGGAGGUGUCCCAGGGGCUCGGCGAGGCGAUGGUGGGGAUCGACUGCAAGGAGAUGCACUUCACGUCGUACGCCGCGCGUUCGGAAUAGAGUCAUCUUAUUUCGCGACGGACGGGGCCUUUCACGAGACGAGAGAGCUCUCGUCAGUUUAUCAGUGGCAGCGCGCGUUUGUUUUUUUUGCUUUUAUGAUACUACAGUAUUACG